UGCCAGCUGGAGGCAGAGUCUCUCAGUGCUCAGUUGGCAUCACGGCUCGAAACCUCCACACUGCAUCACGCCCCGAGUGGAAUGGAAGAAAAGGACAAGAAAGAAAAUGGGGAGUAUAUCGGAGAGAUAAAAGGUGGGAUGCGGCCUUCAAUGAAACUGGUUGUUAUGGGAAUUGUUAACAAGAAACCCAAAAGCAUUGAGGUGACUCUGUCCAGUAAACCUGAGGAGGAGGAGGAGGACACGGAGGGCGACGUGGGGCUGCAGCUGAAGGUCAGCUUCAUGGACAAGGCCGUCCAGCGCAACGCCCGCCUGGCUGGGAAGUGGGGUCCUUCUGAAAACACCCUCUCCUUUUUCCCUUUUGCACCUGGAGAAGCUUUCAAGAUGGAGAUCGUCUGUGAGCACCAGCAGUUUCGUAUCUUGGUGGACGGACAGCCUCUGUGUGGCUUCAGCCACCGGCUCCCCCGGCUCGCCUCCCUCACCGCCUUACGAGUCUUCGGCGACCUACAGCUCACCAAGGUGGCCUAGCGCCGGCGCCCGACCUGCGGAGGAAGGCUCUGGGACAGUGUACAAUACAUAGGAUUAGAAUAGAUCUAAUUUUUUCAGUGAUUAAACAAACCCCGGUUUGGGAUGUCGUGUUUCCAUUUUCAGUUCCGCCCAACCGUCAAUCCCCCGUUUAGACGACGUGCCUUCAUUAAGAUUACCUGUCCGAGGACUUGAAGAUACUGACUGAAUGUAACAGUCGUUAAUGUCUUGAAUCAAAUGAGGAAUGUGAUUUGAACUGAAUUCAGUUAUAAAUAAUCUGACUGGGAUUAUUCUCUGUGCACAAAUGAUGCGUUGCUUCUAAAAAUGAGUUCUACACCAAGUCCAGGUGGCUUGAAAAGAAUAAAAAAAACAGAUUUCUGACAUUUGUAUUUGACGUCUCUGGAGUUAACCUUAGAAAGCACUUAUGCUGAUGAGCGCCUGCAUGAAGAUGAACGUCUCCGGGAUCGAUUUAGGAACAAAGAUUGUCAUUCUGAGCCCGACUAAGUACUGUAACAGGUGAAAUAAUGUAUCAUACCUUCAGUUGCCCACGUGAGUGCAUGCCAGUAAUCAAACUGUUUAAUUUCUCUCAGCUGACGUCCAGAUUUUACCUCGAAGCUGGAAAAACGUAGUCAUUUUGCACUUUCUGUUCUCAUCAUUGUGUAGCCUACUUAUUAUUUCCCACCAGCACUUUUCUUGUGAAUGUUUCAUACUGACUUUACUUCACUGCAAUAAACCACACGUGUUGUUACUUGU